GAAAACCCAUACAAUUUACAUUUAACGCAGUUUUCUUCUUUGCGCUUUUGAAUUUUUCAUUUAGAUGGAGCUUCAUUCUAAAAACCAGGCGGUCGUUGUUUGUGUACUGCUCUUACCUGCACUAUGCAUAUCCCAAAGCUUCACAGACUCCAGAGCCACCUAUUAUAGCACCCCCGAUGGCUAUGGAACUUCAACUGGAGCUUGUGGAUACGGCGAUUACGGCAGAACUAUCAACCAUGGGAGGGUUGCAGGCGUGUCUGGCUUAUGGAGAGAUGGCGCCGGAUGUGGUGCUUGCUACCAAGUAAGGUGCAAGAAUUCAAGAUUAUGCCAUAGCUCCGGCACCAUGGUAGUGGCAACAGACUACGGCGCAGGAGACAGAACAGAUUUCAUUAUGAGUCCAAAUGGUUUCUCAAAACUGGGACGAAACCCAAGCGCAUCGGCGGAGCUCAAUAAAUACGGCGUCGUAGACAUCGAAUACAGGAGGGUUCCCUGCACAUAUGCAGGUUCCAAAGUACGUAUCAAGAUCCACGAGGCCAGCAAUUACCCAUACUACCUUGCUAUUGUCAUUCUUUAUGUGCCCGGAAUGGACGACGUCACCGCCGUUGAGAUUUAUGACAAUGAUGGGCAUGAAUGGAAGCCGAUGAGAAGAGUGUACGGGACAGUGUUUGAUAUAGUUGGCGCACCAAGUGGACCAAUGAACCUGAGGCUGCAACUCGGUGGUAAAACAGGUUGGGUUCAGUCGUUCAAGAGCGCUAUUCCUGCUGACUGGAAGAUUGGAGUUUCUUACGACUCUCAAGUAGUUCAUGUCUAAAUUAAUUACAUGCUGGAUAAAGAGGGGGCCAUAUAACCUGUGUGGCUCCAAGCAUGCAAGCUGUUUGUUGCCGUGUCCGCUAAAAGGAAUAAAUAUGAAUAAUAGGGGUUUGUGUAUUUUGCA